GUUGGACAAGUGACCAUGAAAGAAGAAUUACUACUCCUAUGAAAAUCCCAAAAUCACAUAAACAAUUCCAAAACCGGUUGUGAAAAAAAAACAUGGCGGCGACGCUGGCGAAGUUUUUGCAAAGGCGAUUCCUUUCAACACAAUCACUCCAUUUUGAUCGCACCAUCGUUCAAGCUUCCUCUGGGCACAGAUAUGGAUUUCAUAAAAGGGGAAUCUUGACACAGACAGAUCCAAGUAAACAUGUUUGUGAAGGUUUAGUAAAUAAUGAAGCCAGCGCCUUACAGUCUAGUGUGAAACCGGAUUCCUCUGCCAUAAAGUUUUCUGCUAAGUCUACUUUUAAAACAUCCCCAAGACAUGAUCUUGCUAUGGUUUUCACCUGCAAGGUCUGUGAAACGAGGUCCAUCAAGACAGCUUGUCGCGAAUCAUAUGAGAAAGGUGUAGUGAUAGCAAGAUGUGGGGGAUGUAAUAAUCUCCACCUGAUUGCAGAUCACCGGGGAUGGUUUGGCGAACCAGGAACUGUUGAGGACUUCCUUGCUGCUCGUGGAGAAGAAGUUAAAAGCGGGUCAGUUGAUACACUGAAUCUUACAUUGGAAGAUUUAGCUGGAACACAAGCUUGAAAUGUACAAUUUGACCAAAUAUAUAUGCUGCAUUAGGGUAUCAUUGAGAUAAUGGAAGGGUGAGGGAAUGUAACAAUUGUUGGUGUUUUCAAACUCAGACUUUUAUUACUAUCUUUUGAUUAUUGCAAAUAAUAAAAAGUGUUACAUUUAA